AUGAUGCACAAGGAAAUUGAGGUCUACGUUGACGACAUGAUUGCAAAAUCCCGAACUGAAGAGGAGCAUGUGCGAGUGUUGAGGAAAUUGUUCCUGAGGUUGAGGAAAUUCCAAUUAAAGCUCAAUCCGUCAAAAUGCACCUUCGGAGCUAGGUCUGAAAAGUUACUUAGCUUCGUAGUCAGUGAGAAGGGAAUAGAAGUUGACCUUGAUAAAGUCAAGGCUAUACAGGGGCUACCUCCGCCACGAACUCAGAAAGAAGUCCGAGGUUUUCUAGGGAGACUAAACUACAUCGCACGGUUUAUUUCGCAACUGACAGAGAAGUGCAACCCCAUAUUCCGUCUUCUUAAAAAGCACAAUCCUGGGAUUCUGCUCUCCGAAUUUGACAUAGUCUAUGUAAACCAAAAAGCUGUGAAGGGGAGUGCAAUAGCAGAUUUUCUAGCCAGUAGAGCUUUGGAGGAUUAUGAACCUUUGAAUUUCAAUUUCCCCAAUGAAGAUCUAAUGUAUGUAGCAAUCGCUGAAGGGGACAUGCCUGAAAAUCAUUCCUGGAAAUUAAAUUUUGACGGAGCAUCAAAUGCCGCUUGA